UGGGGUCGAAUUCUGACCCAUCUUUUUCUAAAGUUUAGCCUAGUGUUCAAUCAGUCAUCUAAAAUUUGGAAAAAACACUCGUGGCAACAAAAAUCACAAAAGCCUUUCGUUUUAACUCACCAGUAGUGCGACUUAUAUUACCGAUUUUUUCAGAAAACCUUGCAAAUUCUCAAUAUGGAUCUCUUACAGUCCUACGCCGACGAUGAAACCGCCGAAUCGCCGCCACAAAACCCUAAUUCCCAAACCUCCGACCAAAGCCCUUCGCCAGAUUCAUCCCCAAUCCGCAUGCUCCCUUCAAAAUCCGCCGCCCCCAAAGUCGACGACACGAUGCUAACCCUAACAGUCGCCGGUGAAGCUGCCAGAGCUCAAUCCAAACCCCUCGAUCCGACCCAACACCUCGUCGGAUUCAACCCGACAUACGAGCAACUCUGGGCACCAAUCUACGGGCCAGCUCACCCCUACGCCAAGGACGGUUUAGCUCAAGGGCUCCGAAAUCACAAGCUAGGGUUUGUCGAAAACGCCGCUAUUGAACCUUUUGUAUUCGACGAGCAGUACAACACUUUUCAGAAAUACGGGUACGCUGUUGAUCCCUCUGAAAAUAGUUACAUUGGUGAUUUGGAUAAAAUGAAGGAAUGUGAUGCAAUUUCUGUGUAUAAUAUACCUCAGCAUGAACAAAAAAAGAGGAAAUUAGAGAAAAAGAAGGAAAAAAUGGAGGAGGAGGGUGAUGAGGGUGACGUGGACAUGUCGGAAGUUGAGAAUCCGGCGACCGACACGUGGCUGAUGAAGAACAGGAAGAGUCCAUGGGCUGGAAAGAAAGAAGGAUUACAAGUAGAAUUAACUGAGGAGCAGAAAAAGUAUGCUGAAGAGUAUGCUAAGAAGAAGGGUGAAGAAAGAGGUGGUGGAGAAAAGCCUGAGCCUUUACUUGAAAAGAGUACAUUCCAUGGUAAAGAGGAAAAAGAUUAUCAGGGUAGGUCGUGGAUCGCUCCUCCUAAGGAUGCAAAGGCUGCGAAUGAUCAUUGUUUUAUACCAAAACGAUUGGUUCAUACUUGGAGUGGGCACACCAAAGGGGUUUCGGCUAUUAGGUUUUUCCCUAAGCAUGGUCAUUUGAUUUUGUCAGCUGGGAUGGAUACAAAGGUGAAGAUUUGGGAUGUUUACAAUUCUGGUAAAUGUAUGAGGACUUAUAUGGGACAUUCAAAGGCGGUGAGGGAUAUUUGGUUUUGCAAUGAUGGGUCGAAGUUUUUGACAGCUGGGUAUGAUAAGUAUAUUAAGUAUUGGGAUACAGAAACAGGACAGGUGAUCCAAACGUUCACCACAGGGAAGAUACCCUAUGUGGUGAGGCUUAACCCUGAUGAGGAUAAGCAGAAUGUACUUUUGGCUGGUAUGAGUGAUAAGAAGAUUGUGCAGUGGGACAUAAAUAGUGGACAGAUUACACAAGAGUAUGAUCAACAUCUGGGGGCAGUUAAUACAAUUACCUUUGUGGAUAAUAAUAGGAGGUUUGUGACCUCUAGUGAUGAUAAAUCACUCCGUGUUUGGGAAUAUGGUAUUCCGGUUGUUAUUAAGUAUAUUAGUGAACCCCAUAUGCAUUCCAUGCCAUCUAUUUCGCCCCAUCCGAAUGGGAAUUGGAUUGCAGCUCAAAGUUUGGAUAACCAGAUUCUUAUUUAUAGUACGCGAGAGAGAUUUCAGCUGAAUAAAAAGAAAAGAUUUGCUGGACACAUUGUCGCUGGUUAUGCUUGCCAGGUCAACUUUUCACCUGAUGGACGGUUUGUCUUAUCAGGAGAUGGUGAAGGCAGAUGCUGGUUUUGGGAUUGGAAAUCGUGUAAGGUCUUCAGAACUCUCAAGUGUCAUGACGGGGUCUGUAUUGGUGCAGAGUGGCAUCCUCUGGAACAAAGUAAAGUUGCUACUUGUGGUUGGGAUGGUUUGAUCAAGUACUGGGACUAGUUCUGGAGCAAUCAUUUCUGCCUGUCCAUGUAAGCAACGCCAACUUGUUCCACUCCAGUUGGCUAGAGGAAUAGAGACUCUUUAUGCAUUGGGUGCUCAACUUGACUGGACAAAUUGGCUGGAGGAAUCAAGCUAUGUAUUCCUUGGUUGGUCAAUGCUAGUCUUUAGCUCUGUAAAACAUGUUUUCUGAGAUGGUUUUCUUUGGUUAUUACAGUUGAGGUUGUACCAAUAGUUACUAACAGAGGGACAUGUAACUUCCAAUCAAGAUAUGAUGUUCCAGUAGACAAGUUAGACAGAGAUCAGUUAUUCAUUUUUGAGUGCUAAUGUGAUGUACGAAUUAAAUCUAUGUUGUAUAUUGUUUCUUUAGAAGUUGCAAUUCUUAUUUCA